CGACGGUCGUCCCACAUCUCGUAGAAACACUCAGAGAAGGAUUGCUGAAGAUCGACUGGAUCUGUGCCGAAAGGUUUCUCUGCUCCUAUCUUUAUCGAGCUGGUUAAUUUCCCUCGACAAACUUUGCGGUUGAAAGGUUCUCUGAGGUUGCUCGAUGGCUUCCAGGAUCCCAUUUUCGAACCCAUAACCAAGAAGAGGGCUGGCGUGAGGCACAUGCGAGUGCUGAAAAUCUCCGGUGUUGUCGACACGAGCGGAGGCGACUUGAACCUCUGCAACCACCGCGUACGGUGCAGCGGCCUGUACUACUCGCGCCUCCCAAGACAAUGCUGCCUGGAGGGUUGACUCGAUGUCUCAUGGACAGCAUGGGGAGUGUAUGUUACUACGCGAGAGUCGUGAACGACAGUCUUCGACGUCGUUCGUUAUCGAGACAGACAGAGUGGACUCGACGCGUGUGUCGACCGUUCGAAUUUUGAAGCCGCAGCAAGAGGUAGCAGGUGAAGAUAAGCUGGCGCGCGACAUUGUUCGCGGAAGCAAAGUCACCAGGGUUGCGGGGGAGCCGCGGGAACAAAAUAAGGGCGUCGCAUCGUCUGGCUGUGCGCCGCUUCAAUACAUGCCUUUCCCCGCGCGCAGAGACCAAGUCCGCUGCCCCUGCGUAAUUCUCUGUUCUCGUUGGAUGCUACGGAACGAUGGAUCCUCGACUGUCUACAGCCCAUGGGCCGCUCCAACGCACUCAUUACACUACUUCAGGGUACUAGUUGAAAGUCCCCCGCCGUCUCAGCACUCCCAAUUGGCGGCCUUGAACACAGCUGCCGCAGCCACGUCAUUUAUCAGCUCCGUCUUGACUGGUGGCAACUCUGAGCUGCAGCCUAUUUCUGUUCGCUUGACGGAUUCGCACACUAGAGUACUGGAUUCUGCGUCUGCUCUGCUAUCGUUCAAGCUAUCGAGAAGGGGAUCUAUUCUACUCGAUGACAAAGCCGCUUCGUUUGUCCAGAUAGCGGCGGUUGACUAUUCUAACGCUUAACGCUGGAAGCGCCCACCGCGCAGCUUCUGGUCAACGCCGUCGUCAAUUCGGAGCUUUGAGUACCGCUUGUGGAGAUCGAGACGGCUCCAUCUUCAGCAUCGUCUGGAGUUCAAUGUUGUCGUGAGUUCGUGCACAUACUUCUCUGAUAGCUCGCAGAACGGAAGGAUUCUCUCCUCUCCACCGUCAUCGCUGGAUUACUCCGAAUAGUUCCU